GUUGGGCAGGUUUUGGAAAACGCGCCAGAGGGCUCUGUGGUUCUCAGCGUGGUGGCAAGCGAUCGGGAUGUGGGAGCUAACGGGGACAUCGCCUAUCAGUUCAGCCAAGCAGUGGGCCAGAGCCCCUCGGCAUUCGCAAUUGACCCCACGAGCGGUGAAAUUAAACUCACGAAGCCUCUGGACUUUGAGGCGGCAGAGAAUCACGAGCUCAGUGUGCGGGCCACAGACGGCGGGGGCCUCUCGGCAAUCUGCAAGGUGUUGGUGGAGGUGGUGGACGUGAAUGACAAUGCACCGGAGCUGGUGGUCAGUUCCUUCAGCAGCCCCCUCCCCGAGAACGCAUUACCCGGGACAGUGGUCGCCCUCUUUACCGUCAGGGACCGGGAUGCCGGUGCCAACGGGAAGAUCUCCUGUGCCCUUGAGGACCAGCUGUUGUUCUCCCUGCGGCCGGCCUAUAAGAAUUACUACGAGCUGGUGACCGUGAGCGCUCUGGACCGGGAGGAGACGGCUCGGUACGUCCUCACUGUCACGGCUGCAGACGCAGGGUCACCUCCUCUCACAACGACCCAGACCUUCACGGUGGACGUCUCCGAUGUCAACGACAAUGCACCUGUCUUCAACCAGACAUCGUACACCAUGUACGUGCGUGAGAACAAUGUCCCCACGGCGCUCGUUGGAGCCGUCAGCGCCUCGGAUGCUGAUGUGGGGCCCAAUGCCAAGGUGACCUAUUUCCUGGCCCCAGCCCACUCUGCAGAGCGGCCUCCCUGCUCCUGCCUCUCUGUGAACUCUGAGAACGGGCACGUGUUUGUGCUGCGGCCUCUGGACUACGAGCAGGUGAGGCAGAUCGAGGUCUUGGUGAGCGCCUCCGAUGCGGGGUCACCUCCCCUCAGGGCCAACGUCACUGUCCGCCUUGUCGUGGUGGACGAGAACGACAAUGCGCCGCUGGUGCUGCACCCCGCGCAGGACAGCAGCCCACCCUCCAGCGAGCUGGUGCCCAUGUCGGCUGAGGCGGGGUACCUCGUCACCAAAGUGGUGGCCGUCGACGCCGACUCGGGGCAGAACUCAUGGCUCUCGUACCACCUGCUGAGGGCCACCGACCCCGGGCUCUUUGCGGUGGGUGCCCAAAGCGGGGAGGUGCGGCUGAGGAGGCCAGUGACGGAGAGGGACGCCGUGAAGCAGAAGCUCGUCGUCCUGGUGCGAGACAACGGGCGGCCACCGCUGUCGGCCACCGCGGCGCUGAGCGCACUCCUGCUCAAUGACUUCUCAGAUGUGCGCCUACGGCACAGCAGCCUGGCCACGGAGGACGAGGGCGGCUCCCUGACAACCUAUUUAAUCAUUUCACUGGUCUUCGUCUCGCUCCUCUUCCUCGCGUCCACAGCAGCCUUCAUCGCUCAUAAGGUGUGCAAGAGAAAGGAGCUGAAGGGUGGGCAUGUGCUUUACGGCACUGGCAACUUGCAGAGCAGCCUGGCUGAUGCAGCCACUGCGGGGACCCUGCCCCACGCCUAUUGCUACGAGAUCAGCCUCACGACGGGCUCGGGCAACAGCGAGUUCAAGUUCCUGAAGCCCAUCCUCCCCAGCCUGCCGCCACAGCACUGUGCCACGGGCGGGGGCACCGACGACGAACAAGAUUUCCCCCGUGGCCCUAUCACGGCAGAGGACGUGGCACCAGACAACCCCGGCACGCCCUCUGCAGAACAGUUCAACAGCCUUUCCUUUAACUAGCAUGGAGUCAGCACAGCCAGAGGCUGCAUGCCUCCUGACGGGAAGGGAUCCGGGCCACAGCAUGUGGCAAUGGUUCCUCCAGAGUCAACCCGCAUUUGCAAUUGGCGUCACCGAUUUCCCUCAGAUUCCAAGUCAGAAGAAAGGUGGUCUGCCCCUCCAAACAAACAAACAAACAAAC